AGAAUUUUUGGCGGCCUUCUGCGACCUUGAAAAAUGGAGAAAGAAAACAAACUUUCCUUGUGAUAAUUUUGAGGAAUUUAUUGUAUUAAAAUUGCGGUUUACUAGAGGGAAUGUUGAUAAGAUCAUCCCUGAUAAGGAAUUUUUGCAAAAUGUCACGAAGGAAAGCCUCAGUGAGGAAGGAUUUGAAAGAUUCCGCGGCUGGAGCGUCUUCUAAAGGGAAGGAAGUUGAAUCGGAGGAAUCGAAGGAAGCAAAAGUAGCCAAGUGGGAACCAGAGAAAUGGCAGGAAACUCUGGAAAAUCUCCGCAGUAUGCGGAAGGACUUUAAAGCCCCCGUGGAUACAAUGGGGUGCAGCCGGUGCUGCGAUGAGGAAGGAGUUGAAGAGAAAACAAAGAGAUUUUGGGCUCUUGUCUCCCUCAUGUUGUCCAGUCAGACCAAGGAUCAGGUGACAUAUGAGGCAAUGAGUAGAUUGAAGGCGGAGGGAUUACUUCCGGAGAAUCUCAUUAAAUGGGAAGCCAGCAAAUUGGAACAAUUGCUUGUUCCUGUUUCCUUCUACAGGAAUAAGGCAAAAUUCCUCAAGCAGACAUCCCAGGUGCUCGUGGAGAAGUACAAUGGAGACAUUCCCAAGACAGUUGAGGAGCUCAUUAAACUUCCCGGAGUUGGCCCCAAAAUGGCUCAUAUUUGCAUGAAUAUCGCCUGGGGGGUUGUGUCCGGGAUUGGUGUCGAUACACACGUUCAUCGCAUCACAAAUCGCCUCAAGUGGACGAAGAAACCCACAAAGGAGCCCGAAAAGACGAGAAUUGGGCUGGAGGAGUGGCUGCCCUUUGAGCUGUGGGAUGAAAUUAAUUUACUCCUUGUGGGAUUUGGACAGACAAUUUGUACACCAGUUGCCCCAAAAUGCGGGGAAUGUGCCAACAGUGGGAUUUGCCCUUCGGCGAAUAUUAAAAAGCCCAAAUCAGGCGCUAAGAAGGCCAAGAAGUAGGAUGAUCUUCAAGAAGAAAAGAAUCUUUAUUGUCUAAAAUCAGAUUAAAAUUUAUUUCUCUAAAAUCUAUCGUUGUGAAAUGUCUAUUUUAUGUGUUUUCUCACAAAAAUAAUUACAUUAUUUAUAAAAAGAAAAAUACAAUGAA